AUGACUAAGUGUCUCCAGCGAUGUGAUUUUGUCGGCCUACCGUGCAGCUGGACUGCUUGGGGAGUGCAAGCCUACGUUGACCCGGGCAUCUCCUCGGGGCAUCGUACUCCCGAUCAUUUUGCAGCUGUCGUUGAGUGUCACAUAGUCUUGCAGCGUCCAAGUGGAGAUAAGAAGGUUAGGCGCAUUGACCCGGCGGCUGUUCGCGACCCCCAGAACCACCAGAAAAUUUCCGGCAUUUUGCGAGCUGCGCCUCAGGUACCCUGGGAGGCCAAUGUGAACGAUCAUGCUGCAGUGCUCGUGGAGUAUUUGUAUGAUUCUUUAGCCAGUGCCUUCCCUUUGAGUGCCCGUAGAAUGCGCCGAUCCUUUUUCUCUGAGGAGGUUGCCGAGUUGCAUGCGCUAGUAGCCAGACUGCGCCGUGCCGUGCGCGGUCGCGCAACCGCACUUCGUUUGGCGCGGCUGCGAUGCGCUUUCCUCUCGUGGUGUCGAGGCGGUACCUUUGCCGAUCUCUUCUUCACAGGCUGGACCUUGCGUUUGCAGGCGGCUCUUGAUGUUUUGACGGAACGCUUGUCAGCUGCGGGUAAGCUCUUGAAGAGGUUGUGCCGCCGCGACAAGCGCGAACACGUCGACACACUUGCAGAUGAUGUUGCCAAAGCGCCAGCAGGCGAGGUGCAUGUUGCUUUGAAGCGGUUGCUGCGCCCGCGGAAGUUCCGCCGGCAAGGGCAUCAGCCCUUGCCAAAACUCAAAAAGAAGUCCGGCGGGAUUUGCUCUUCUCAGGCCGAGAUCAACUCGGAGUGGCGACGGCACUUUGCUGAGUUGGAAGGCGGGGUCGUUGUCUCGCCCGAGGACUUGGUUGCCUAUGGCCUGCAGCAACAAUCCGUGGCUGAGCCGAUUGAGGCCUUGAAACAUGAUGAAGUCCCCGAUCUGGUUACCCUUUCGUGCCACUUUCGCAGCGUGUCGCCCAACAAGGCAUGCGGACCUGAUUGGAUGCCUCCAGCCAUUUGUCGGGCCUUCGCGUGCCAGAUGUCGGUCUUGUUCUAUCCCGUGCUGUUGAAAACCUUGGUGUAUGCAGCAGAGCCAGUAGGCAUGAAAGGCGGCACUUUGUGCAGAAUACCGAAGCCAGGAGCUCCUGACCCUGCCGCCGUCACGGCGCAACGCGCCAUCCUCGUUCAAUCCGUGCUUGAGCGUGUGCUGCACAAAGCGGUCCGAGGGUUGGUAGUUUCGGAGUGGGACCGCCGCGCCUCUGACCUCACCAUUGGAGGACGUAAGGGCCGCAGUUAUGUCUUGGGGUUUUUCUGUACACGAGCCUUCCUUGAAUACACGCGACGGAAAUCAAUUCCGGCGGCGAUCCUGUUCAUGGACAUCAGUUCGGCGUACUAUUCUGUCAUUCGGGAGCUAAUAACCGGCGGACAACUCGACAACGCCACUGUCGUGGAAAUUGCUGCGUCGCUUUCGCUGGCCCCUGAGGAUCUUCAGGUUCUGCAAGCGCAUGUUGCAGAAGAGCCUUUGCUAUGCGGUGCUGAAGCCGGGCCCCUCUUGGCGGCGCUGGCUCAUGAACUUCACAGCGGCACCUGGUUUCUUAUGAACCAGGAUAACGCCCGGCAGUAUAGUCUCGCAGAUGCCCUUUACGGGCUCCUCUUUGCCAAAGUUUUGGAGCGACGAGGGGAUUUUGCUGAGGCUGGUUGGAAGCCACAGAUCCCGUGGAAUGGGAAAAGAGACUUGCGGCCGUAUGACGGUCGCGCCGCGCCACAGAAGGCUGUCACGGUCCAAGAUCUCAUUUAUGCUGACGAUUUGGCCACGUGUAUCGUGGCGUCCAAGGCUGCUUGUCUCCCGGUUGCAGUCCGCAGCGUUGCUAGUGAGUCGAUCGAUGUAUUGGCUGGCCAUGGCCUGCGGGCCAAUGUUGGACCUAAGAAGACAGCUGCCCUGCUCUCCCCAGUCGGAGAGGGAUCCAAAGAGGUCAGGAGGCAGGUUUUUUCCAGGGAUGGUGGCCGUCUUGCCGUCUUGCGUGAACAAGGUCCCGGAGUGUGGUUGCAGGCUGUGUCUCAUUACAGGCAUCUAGGAUCAUGCAUUUCCUUUGACGGCAGUAUGGCGGCGGAGAUCAGGGCUCGGCUGCAGUCGGCAAGGGGGAACUUCCUUGAGGGGAAGCGCGAUGUGUUCUGCAGCCCGCGCAUCCAUUUGCAGCGGCGCGUGGGGCUGUUUCGGACUCACGUCCUUUCUUCCUUGUUUGCGGGUAGUGGCGGAUGGCCGCUCUUGUGUAAGAAAGGAUGGAGCUUACUCGAAACGGGCUACUACCGAAUGCUGAGGCAGAUGCUCCGCAUUCCGCGGGAGCAUGAUCAGAACUGGACCUACGAGCAGAUUGCCUCGGCCGCCGGGCUUCCGGGUCUGGAAGGGCUCCUUGCCCUGGAGCGGCUGCGAUUCCUUGCCCAGUUGGUCCGGAGCGGUCCGGACGCGGCUUUUGCGCUUUUGCAGCAGGCCCCAGGGUCACUGCGAGCCCUGAGCACUGCUGAGGCUUGGCUGCUGGCUGCCGUUGGCACCGUUGGUAGUCCAGGCAGCUUUGACACACAUUGGCAAGAGUGGUGUGCCAUCAUGAGCCAGACCGGAAGAUGGAAGGGUUUGCUUCGUCGGGCAGAACAGUGGCAUGUUCGCCGCAUUAGUGCUCUGGCAAGUUAUCAGACUUUUGUUCGGGCCCACUGGGACCAUGCUCCAAGGGAGACAGUUGCGGUUGACCGUGUCCAACAUGCGUGCCUGUUGUGCAAGGUGGCCUUCAACGACUGUCAUGCGUGGGCCGCUCAUGCUGCCAAAGUCCAUAAGUUUCGAUCUCGAGCCAGACGGUUUGCGCUCGGAGGCCGUUGCCAGGCCUGCGCAAUGACAUUCUCCAACAACUUGCAGUACAGGAGGCAUUUACAGGGCCUGCCACGGCCGGCGUUGGCCCUGGACAUCUCCCGCCUGUGGAACCGGCGGUGUGCACGCAGACUCCAGGAGCGGCAGUGGGACUCGACUGAGCAGGCUUUCGAUGAGGUAGUCUCUGUUAUUGAGCCCCUGCCGGUUUUGCGCAACACAGUGACCAAAUGGAUCCAGGGCAUUCCCGUUGGUUGCGAGAAGACGCUGGCAGAGGACGUGUUGCUUGGUCUGCAGGCCGAUCUUUGGUGCACAGCUGCCUCCAAUGCGCCGAGAGAUAAGCACGACCAAGCUUUCAGUUUUCGCCCCCAGCAUGUCCCGUUCCCUUGUGCCUGUCACUCUGCAGAGGGAUUACACCUCGUGAUUGGCCAUGUCACGCUGCCAGCAGAUACGGCGAAUGGAUGCAUUGUGCGAGCUGAUUUUCAUGCGGACCUUGUGGGAGCCUUGCUCUUGCACCCUGAGAGCAUUCGGUGCUUAUCGGCAGUGGCUGGACUGAGUUUAGGUGACGAGUUCGCCAGUUGGCUGGAAGAGUCUGCCCGACUGACGCCUGAACCGAACGUAUCGGUGAUCUUGGCGCGCGCCACGCACAUCGACCGUCUUCGGAAGCGGGUGGCCUAUGUGGGUGACUCCGCUUCCGGGGAGCUGGAGUACGAUGAGUUGGUUUUAGCCACAGGGAGCUCCCCCUUCGUCCCUCCUGUACCUGGCUUGAAGACUUCAACACCGGGCGUCUUCACGUACAGGACUAUUGAGGACAUGGAUGCAAUCAUCGCCAGGUCCCAAGGCCGGCGCCGCGCCGCCGUCAUCGGCGGAGGCCUCCUGGGCCUCGAGGCCGCCAAGGCGCUCUUGGACCUGAAGAUGAAGGUUACUGUCCUAGAAGCGGCGCCCAUCCUCAUGUCAGCGCAGCUGGACAAGGUCGCAGGGCGGCUGCUUGCAAAGCGGCUGGAGAAGUUGGGCCUGGAGGUCAGGACGGGCGUGAAGCUUCAGGAGAUCCUGUCCAAUGGUGAAGACGGCGUGAGGUACGUGAAGUUCCUGGAGGAUGACCAGGAAGUUUUCUUGGAAGUCGACGUCCUGGUGGUUUCCUGCGGAAUCAGGCCGCGCGACGAGCUGGCACGCGAGUGUGGUUUGGAUCUGGGCGAACGUGGUGGCGUGGCUGUGGACUGCUACAUGAGGUCCUCCAGUGACGCGAGCAUCUACGCUGUCGGAGAGGUGGCGAGCCACGAGGGAGGCAUGGUCUACGGGCUCUGGAAGCCAGGGGCAGAGCAAGCCGAGGUGCUGGCCGGCACCCUUGCCAGCCCCUCCGAAGGUCUCAAGUAUCACGGCAGCGACCUUUCGACGAAGUUGAAGCUUUUGGGAGUGGAUGUCGCCACCUUCGGAGCGAAUGCCGAGUUCUGGAAGUCUCGCAUGUUCGAUCUUGAGGAUGGCCAGCAGGGGAACAUCUGUGUGACCACCGCCCUGGACGCCACCGCCGGCAGCUACAGGAAGCUCAUCUUCCGUCGGUGUCCCAGCGGUUGCCGCCGUCUUCUCGGCGGUGUUCUGGUGAAAAGCGUGGAGGACUACCAGUCUCUUUGCGACCUCGCGCGCUGCGGUCGCGAACUUUGGGGCCUUGAGACAGUCAUCAUGACUCACGGACCGAGAGCAAACCCUGGACAAAUCGAGGAGCAGGUGUAUCCUUCUCAUCUUCCAUUGGACGCCGCGGCCGCAGUGGCUUCGGGUCCACCGCGACGAGUUGUCAUCGUCGGCCACGGUCCGAGCGGUCACGCACUCAUCCAAAACUUGGUGGAGGUGCACGAUAGGCCGUUGGCCAUCACGGUCCUUUGCGAAGAGCCACGUCUGGCCUACAACCGUGUCUCCAUGACGAGCUACUUCCAGCACCGCUCUGCCGACGAGUUGUCCCUGUGCAACCUGGAAUGGCUUGCAGACAAGAAUGUCUCUGUCAUCUUCGCUCGUGCAACGCACAUCGACCGCGCCCAGAAGCGUGUCGCAUAUGCCGGUGCAUCUGCUGCAGGCGAGCUCGACUACGACGAGCUCGUGCUGGCCACGGGCAGCUCGCCCUUCGUGCCGCCGGUUCCCGGGCUGGCGACCUCGACUCCGGGCAUCUUCCUCUACAGGACGAUCGAGGACAUGGAUGCCAUUAUCGCGAGGGCUUCCGGAUGCCGCCGGGCUGCAGUCAUCGGAGGAGGCCUCCUGGGUCUGGAGGCGGCGAAGGCCUUGCUGGACCUGGGUCUGGAGACCCACGUCCUCGAGAGUGCGACACAUUUGAUGCCUUCUCAACUGGAUGCUGUGGCGGGAGAUCUACUCAAGCGCCAUAUCGAAGUGCUCGGAUGCAGUGUCCACACUGCCGUGCAGCUGCAGGACGUGCUGUCGGAGGAGGCCGGGGUGUAUGCUUUGCGCUAUGCGCAAGAUGGCCUUCAGAUGGAGUUGGACAUCGACCUCCUGGUAGUGUCCUGCGGCAUUAGGCCGCGGGACGAGCUGGCGCGGAACUGUGGUCUGGAGCUGGGCCAACGCGGAGGGGUCAAGGUGGACAGUUGCCUCCGGUCUACCAGCGAUGCCAACAUCUACGCCGUUGGCGAGGUGGCCAAUCACGAGGGCAUGGUUUACGGGCUUUGGAAGCCAGGGACAGAGCAAGCCGAGGUUCUGGCUGGCACGCUGGCUAGCCCUUCUGCAGGCCUGCGCUACCACGGCAGCGACCUUUCGACGAAGCUGAAAUUGCUGGGUUGCGGCGUGGCCUCUUUUGGCGAGUCGGCGUCUUUCUGGCAGAGCCGGAUCUUUGAGGUGGUGAAGGAUGACGAGAAGCCCUCCAUUUGUGUCCGGUCGGUUCUGGACGUCUCUUCCAGGAUAUACCGGAAGCUGGUCUUCAAGCGCCUUCCUGGGGGAAGUGUGCGCCUCAUGGGUGGCAUCCUGGUCAACAGCACAGAGGACUUCCCGAGCCUUUGUGACAUUUCGCGCUGCGGCAAAGAGCUGUGGGGCUUAGAGCCAAUGGUACUGGCAGAGGGACCGAAGGCCAUGCCCGGACAAGUUGAACAAAGUAUUCCGCUCGCACGGCUCUAG